AUGCCGAGUGCGAAGGAAUACUUCAACUUCGAAGCGACAAGGACUUUUCUCCUGAGGGAUACGAUUACGCGAUUGAACUAUUUCUUUUCCAAUACCCUGAUGGAACAGUGCGGUGACGUAAAAGGCGCAUCAAUGGUCAUACGUAUACCAGUCAGAAAGAAGAAAGUAAACGAAAACCAACUACCUUCAUUCCAUCAUAUUUCCCAGCUUUUAGAAAGAGAAGAACCCGUUGAGAACAUUGACCUUGAAUUAAUCUCAAGUUCGGACGAGGGAUCCUCGAGUGAUUCUGACACUGACAAUGAGUUAUAA